AUGGUUGAUUCGGGCGAUGUGCCCGGUGAUGGCGAUAAAUCCUCUGCAGAAAACAGCAAAAAACGGAAGCUUAAGACACCUAUCCAAGUUAUGGCUCUUGAGAAAAUCUACAAUGAGCACAAAUAUCCAUCCGAAGAAAUGAAGGCUAAGCUAGCAGAUGAAGUAGAGUUAACUGAGAAGCAAGUUUCAGGUUGGUUCUGCCAUAGAAGGUUAAAGGACAAACGUUCUGGAAAAGAAGAUGGGAACACCAUCGGGAGCCAAGACCGGUCAAGCGUUGUUCUUCAGGAUCGUGGAAGCGGACUUCGACAGGAUUCGUGUGGUAGCACUAAGCAAACAGAAUAUGGGAACCCGAAGCUAAAGGAAGUUGAAAGUCAAAGGCUUUAUGGGGGAUCUUACACUGGAAAUGAUGACGGUGAAGAAGACAGUACAUCUUCUGAACGUAGCUCGUCAUUGCAUAAGAACCUAGUCUCUAGCAAAGAUGGUGUCCGUGAUAUGGAAAGUUCUAGAUAUGUUGAUGUUAUCCAGCAUCCUCAGGUUAUGAAAAGCUAUGGGUAUAAAAAGCCUUCGGGAUACUUGAAACUGAAGGGAGAGACUGAGAAUGUUGCUAUCACUGCCGUAAAGAGACAGUUGGGAAGGCAAUACCGAGAGGAUGGUCCACCUCUUGGGAUUGCAUUUGAUCCUCUUCCUCCUGGUGCAUUUGAGCCGCAGACUAAUGUUAUAGUUCAAGAGCCAAUCUAUGUUGGGAAUCAAAGACGGUCUCACCCUCCAUAUAUAACUGGAACUAAGAAGAGCUUUAAUCCUGGUUCUUCCCCUUCUCUCAGUUACUCCAAUCCAGUUUCUGGCCACAAGUCGUUAAAAAAGACAUUCAAAGGUUCACCCCGAGAGAUUCCUCUAACUAACAUCAAGAAGGGUCGGAUAAGCUCCAACAUUCGUGCGGAGGGUUCGAGAAACAAUCUGAUUGCCAACUUCCAUAAUCUUUCUGAAAGCAAUAUUGAAACCAAACACACUCAUGAUUAUGACAAAAAUAUAUUCAACGGUGGACGCAAGAGCGGACAUCUCACUGAAUCUACAAAGCUGUUGCCUCUGAGUAGCACCCGAUCCUCUGACUCAUUCGAAAGACGUCCAUCUUCUGGGAUGGCGGGAAAGUAUCAUGAAGAGAGGAAUCAUAUGAAAAUGCAUAGAGAGAAACUGCAUUUGACUGAUGAACCACCGGUUACCAAACAAGUGAAACACGGCUAUCUUCAGCAAGUUUAUGCACCAAGAUCACCAAACAGUCUGGUGUGGAAUUUCCCUCUAGUUUCAGUGGGGACGAAACAGAAGAAUCCAGCUCUUCUAUGGAUUAAGUUACGGUACGAAAGGAAGAUUAGGCAUUUCCGGUUUGUAGAUAUGGUGAAACCGGUUUAG